AGUCGACACUGCCACCCUCUGUGUGCCACGGAGGGAAGUUCACUGUCAAAAGUACACAGACAUCUACUCCGGGGCAGCAGCUAAAGUCCAAUGUGCAACACUGCCUGCUUGCCUUUUCAUGUUUUCCGCCGCCGCUGCCACUGCACUCAACACCCAGACUGCACAAGGACUCACAGCUGGCUGGGGUUUGCGGCGAUAGAGUAGGUCGGUAUUGACUUUAAUAAGAAAGUUAGGUCGGUAGCACAGUCAUGUCUCGACAAAACAGAUUUGUCAGCCCGUUUCACAGACCCCAGUGUCUGGCUGCUGCAGCUCCGGCGGGGAAAGCCAAACUCACGCACCCUGGCAAGGCCAUUCUGGCAGGUGGGAUUGCAGGAGGCAUAGAGAUCUGCAUCACCUUCCCAACAGAAUACGUUAAAACGCAACUGCAACUAGAUGAGAAGGCCAAUCCUCCCAAAUAUAAAGGCAUUGUCGACUGUGUGAAGCAGACAGUGAACAGUCACGGGGUGAGGGGUCUUUACAGAGGACUAAGCUCGCUGCUCUAUGGCUCCAUCCCUAAAGCAGCUGUCAGAUUUGGGGUGUUUGAGUUCCUCAGUAAUAAGAUGCGUGAUGAGAGCGGUAAACUAGACAGCAAGCGUGGAUUCUUCUGUGGCCUUGGAGCUGGAGUGGCAGAGGCUGUGUUUGUAGUCUGUCCUAUGGAAACAGUUAAGGUCAAAUUCAUCCAUGAUCAGACAUCAGCAAAUCCAAAGUACAGGGGAUUUUUCCAUGGGGUGAGGGAGAUUAUUAGAUCCCAAGGACUGAAGGGGACUUAUCAAGGGUUAACAGCCACUGUCCUAAAACAAGGCUCAAACCAGGCCAUCCGCUUCUACGUCAUGACUUCACUGAGGAACUGGUACAAAGGUGACGACCCCAAUAAAGCUAUUAACCCUGUGAUAACUGGACUGUUUGGAGCUGUUGCUGGGGCUGCCAGCGUGUUCGGAAACACUCCCCUGGAUGUCAUUAAGACCAGAAUGCAGGGUCUUGAAGCACACAAGUACAAAAGCACAAUAGACUGUGCGGUCAAGAUCAUGAAGCAUGAGGGACCAAUGGCGUUCUACAAAGGUACUGUGCCUCGGCUGGGUCGGGUGUGUAUGGACGUUGCAAUAGUCUUCAUUAUUUAUGAGGAAGUUGUUAAGAUCCUGAACUUGGUUUGGAAGACGGACUGAAACGGAGUGGUGCUAAACGAGCGGGAGGGUUACGACCAGCCAAUCUCCUUAAAUCCUGCUUCUAGGUUAAAAUAUCUACCUCCAAGUGAUUUCUCAGAAAGAAGGAAAGAAAGAAAGAAAGGGAUUGGUAUGUUCUUGGUUGUACUUAAUGAAUCAAAGACAAACUAAUUGCUUGGAAACAGUUCAGAUCUAUCAGAUCAAGCAUUUUAAAGCCUUUUUAUAUGAAAGUAUUUGGAGAGAUUAAGAGUGAUAGAAACCGUUACGAGGAUGCGAAAUGCUGCAGAAGCUGCAGGUACAUUAAAAACUACAUGCCUUAAAUCAAAAUUGUGAAAGUAGUCAGUUGUAGAAACCGUGAAGAUGCAGCAUUUCAUAAUGUAUAUGUGAACAAGUUUAUUUUAGAAAUGCACAUUUCCAUAAAGAAGGUGUUUGGGUGUAAAGAGGGUUCACUUUGAAGUUGCAGAGAUGUUAUAAAUCAAUUAAUUUACUGAACUAAUGUCACUGAAAGUGCCUAUGUGUUGUAUAAUUCAUUUUGAGGGUAAGAUUGAUGACUGAAUGUUGUCACUACAGAUUAGAAUAAUGGGCACAGUCGCACUCUGUUUAAUCCUGGGCGGUAUUUGAAAUGUUCAUGUCUCCUGAUGUUGUUUUGUUAGUAUUUUUUUUUGCAUCACCAUACCAUACAUUGAGAAAUCCCACUAUUAGUGCCUUCCGUCUCAUUCCAUGGAUGAUAAGUGGUAACAUUUAUUGCAGUUUUUCCAUAUUGUUUUUUUUUUUUAAUUCUUAACUGUGAUAUUAAUUGCUUUUACUUAUUUCAUCAUCUGAUGACCCAAUGUGCCACCUGCUGGUUGUGAAUAUAAUGCCAUGCUGUCGACUGGACUUGGAGUCUGGUGUGUUUACAUGCAUUGCUUUUAAAGUGCGCAUCUUAUCUCUCUGCGGAGGACACACAACGUUUACCGCAUGUUGCCUUUUUCAGCCUCCUGUUUAACCAGACCCUGCAGACAUGGGGAACUUUGUCACAGCUGUUUAAAUAUCUGGAGUUUUCAUGUUAACAGGUGAAUAAUCACCCUUUAGUAUUGUGCCUUCAGUCUACUUAAUUCUAAUAUGAACACUCAGAAAUAAACAUGGAUCAGACUGU